ACACCCCCGGAGCGAGUUGAUUGGCCCGCGGUCGAGGCCUACCUCGACCGCGGGCCAAUCAGCUCUCUCCGGAGAUGUCGUCAUGUGACGGGCUGAGAACAAGCGCGCGCCCCUUACUACGCUUCUUCCCUCAGAACCGACUCCGUCUUCGUCUACUCUAGACGGGCUUGAUUAGACAGCGGUUGGAGGGCUCUUUAGUCACCUCAGCCAAUAGCUGUCGGGAAGUAGAGGAGGACCAAAUGAAGAUGGCACAAGUGAACAAAGGAUGGGAGACCAAUGAGAAAACUGGAUGUAUAUUGAAAGAGAACAUUGCAUCAGCCAGAAAAAUAUAUGCGGAUUACAAUGCAACUACUCCUCUGGCCCCCGAAGUGAUUCAGACAGUCACAGAAGCUAUGCAUGAAGCUUGGGGCAAUCCUAGCAGCUCUUACACAGAAGGACAAAGGGCUAAAGAGAUCAUAAACGAAGCUCGUGAAAGCCUGGCUAAAAUGGUUGGAGGUCAGCCUCAGGACAUCAUCUUCACUUCUGGAGGGACUGAGGCAAACAAUUUGGUGAUCCAUACUGCUGUAAUGGAUUUUAAGGAAAACAACAAACAAAGGCUUGUUGGACCAGGCAAAAGUCCAGAGAAGACCUCAGGGACACGUCCACAUUUGAUUACAUCUUGCAUUGAACAUGACUCAGUCCGUCUCCCUAUUGAACACUUAGUGAAGGAACAUGAGGCUGAAGCCACUUUUGUUCCAGUGUGUAAAGCAACUGCUCAGGUGGAAGUGGAUGAUGUAGUUGCCGCUAUUCGUCCAACUACUUGUCUGGUUUCCAUAAUGCUGGCCAAUAAUGAGACUGGGGUUAUCAUGCCUGUUUCUGAACUCAGCCAGCAGAUUCAAGCCAUCAAUCAGAAGAGAAUGGCAUCUGGUCUGCCCCGGAUCUUGGUCCAUACAGAUGCAGCACAGAUGAUUGGGAAGGGUCUGGUGGACGUACAGGAUCUGGGAGUGGAUUACCUCACAAUUGUAGGGCACAAGUUUUAUGCCCCUCGUAUUGGAGCACUAUAUGUCCGAGGUCCUGGUGUCACUACUCCUCUCCAUCCCAUGCUCUUUGGAGGCGGGCAGGAACAGAACUUCCGCCCAGGGACUGAGAACACACCAAUGAUUGCUGGCCUUGGCAAGGCAGCAAAAAUAGUAAACAAGUACUGUGAAGUUUAUGAAGCUCACAUGAGGAAAGUUCGAGACUACCUGGAGGAGAGGCUUGAAGCUGAAUUUGAAGAACAAGGUAUCCAUUUUAACUGUCGCCUAAAAGGCUCUAAGCGACUGUGCAACACCAGCAAUUUUUCAAUAAUGGGCUCAGGAUUGCAAGGUCGACUGAUACUGUCUCACUGUAAGACUUUGCUUGCCAGUGUUGGAGCUGCAUGCCAUUCCAAGAAUGGGGACAAGCCAUCCUCUAUCCUGCUCAGCUGUGGCAUUCCUUACGAUGUGGCCCAGAAUGCCUUGCGCCUCAGCGUGGGCCGCAACACAAGCAGGGAAGAUGUGGACCUGAUUGUAGAAGACUUGAAACAGGCUGUGACCCAGCUACAAGGAGAAGGUUGCUAGAAUUGGGAGAUUGCUUCCACAGACCUCAUUUCUAAUUGCUGUAUCACCCCUUAGGUUUGGGAGAAUGAGAGCAAUUUACACCUCUAUUUGUUUUUGGCUGCUAAGUUCUUGCUGAAUUGCUGCUCAAUUUUUGUAGAUUGGGAUUCCUCCAAUCCAUAGGCAUCAGGUCAUUCUUCUGUGGUUUUGGCUGCAGCAUCUGUUUUGAGAAAUAAUAGCUCACUGAGUGCAGUGACUGUAUGAAGGAGAAUCUAUGUUUCUAAGAAGGGAUCGGGAUGACAGAUUCAAGGUGGAUGUUUAUUUCAGUGGUUGAGGCCUUUUAGGUAGGACUGAAUGAUUGCACAUAGGAAUAAAUAGAUGACUCUCAGCAACUUGAACAAUUG